UAUUUUUAACAUAACGUAAAGCGAAGAGCUACGAACAAGAACACCAUACGCAACAUUGAGUUCAUCGUUUUGCUUUGUGCAAGGUUUAUAUUAAAGUAUGAAAAGGAAUAUUGUGACAAUGAAAUCUUACAUUAGGAAUAUGUCUGUGGAAUCUGGAUCUGACAGUGAAAUGUCUUGUGACGAAGCAAUAAACAACAUAGAGGAGGUCAUUUCACAGGCGGUGAGAGAGGCGAAAUGCAUGCAAGGGGUCUUUAAGUGCGCCAGCGUUCUUGAGCAUUCUCCGGAGCUGGUAGCCUUGUGCAUCCUGCCAGAAGAGAAAAGCCAAGACAUCUCGGCGCACAUUCAACAAACGUUGAUUGAGGCUUACUGCUGGGAGAACGACAUCAGAGUUGCCAACAUCCAGGAGAAGGUCCUUCAAAGCAUCGCGAAGGUCAACAGAAAGAAGGCGCAUUCCGUGACUGAUCUGACCUGCGUCUUGUUGACCACUGUGCCAUGCGACGCAAGCAUCACGGAUAUCGAUGAUAGUGAUAUCAACAACAGCAUUAGUUGAUAGUCACCUGUCAAAACGCAAUCAUUUAAUGGUAGCCCAACCCAUUCAUCAUGAUUACGAACAGCAGCUAUUGCUAGUGAAGGUUGGCAACCGAUGGCAUCAAGCGUGAGGAAUCUGCAUUAGGAGAGGAUCUGACGUUCUUCGAUCACCCCAUUAAGCUGGACGAAAUAACAACUUUAUUAUGCAACCGACAGCAUCGCCAGUUCAAUAAACUGUUUAAUCGCAAAUCGGUUCAAGCAACGCAGCGUCAAAGUGACGUUACCUGGACUAUGGUGUGGCCAUACCAGGACGAGAUCUUAACAUCAUCAUCAUCAUCAAAAACGUUACAUAACAUUCAACAAUUGCGUACGCAUUUGAAAGAGCUUCUGGACAAAUUACCAAAGCGGAGUUGUUAGAAAGAAUGUGAAGCGAUAGCAUGGAGACAAUUGUCUAAUGUGACUCUUGGUUGGGUGUCUAGUGCAGAUCCUAUCAAGCGGCGUGGGGCUUUUAUCACGAAUGCAGAGGUAAACCAAUCGUCACUUAUACAACGUUGAUCACGACUUGUUAUUCGGUCACUGUCUGCACUUGACACUGUGAUAAAGGUAGCCUAGAUGACUCAUUGCGCCUGGAUUGAAAUUGCUUUGUUUCACCAUAUGACUGUCAAACUAUAUGAACUUUUGGUAUAGAUUCGUGAAGACUCGUGUCUCGUGUAUGACCAUUCGAGUUAUUUGAAGAAUGUAUUAAUUCUGUAUUAGCAAUUUUUGCGUCAAAGCUUGUGUUAUGAACUUUUACAUAAAUAAUUUUACAGUAUAAACAAAUAAUUGAAAAACAUAGUAUGUUUGUGUUUAACUGUAAUUUGCAGAACAAUGCCUUAAAUCUAUGUCGUAUUUGCACAUACAUACCCUUUGUUCAAAUUUGGAAUAAAUAUGUUGUAUACAAUUGACAAGUUCUUUUAUUAAAUCGAUUGAAACGUUA